GGCCCAUGGGCUAUUUCGAGCUGCAGCUGAGCGCGCUGCGGAACGUGAACGGGGAGCUGCUGAGCGGCGCCUGCUGUGACGGCGACGGCCGGACGACGCGCGCGGGGGGCUGCGGCCACGACGAGUGCGACACGUACGUGCGCGUGUGCCUCAAGGAAUACCAGGCCAAGGUGACGCCCACGGGGCCCUGCAGCUACGGCCACGGCGCCACGCCCGUGCUGGGCGGCAACUCCUUCUACCUGCCGCCGGCGGGCGCCGCGGGGGAUCGGGCGCGGGCACGGGCCCGGGCCGGAGGCGACAAGGACCCCGGCCUCGUCGUCAUCCCCUUCCAGUUCGCCUGGCCGCGCUCCUUCACCCUCAUCGUGGAGGCCUGGGACUGGGACAAUGACACCACCCCGGAUGAGGAGCUGCUGAUCGAGCGGGUGUCGCACGCGGGCAUGAUCAACCCCGAGGACCGCUGGAAGAGCCUGCACUUCAGCGGCCACGUGGCGCACCUGGAGCUGCAGAUCCGCGUGCGCUGCGACGAGAACUAUUACAGCGCCACGUGCAACAAGUUCUGCCGGCCGCGCGACGACUUCUUCGGCCACUACACCUGCGACCAGUACGGCAACAAAGCCUGCAUGGACGGCUGGAUGGGCCGGGAGUGCAAGGAGGCGGUGUGUAAACAGGGGUGUAAUCUGCUCCACGGGGGGUGUGCCGUGCCCGGGGAAUGCAGGUGCAGCUACGGCUGGCAGGGGCGGUUCUGCGACGAGUGCGUCCCAUACCCUGGCUGUGUCCACGGCAGCUGUGUGGAUCCCUGGCAGUGCAAUUGUGAGACCAACUGGGGCGGUCUGCUCUGCAACAAAGACCUGAACUACUGCGGCAGCCACCACCCUUGCACCAACGGGGGCACGUGCAUCAACGCCGAGCCCGACCAGUACCACUGCGCCUGUCCCGAUGGCUACUCGGGGAAGAACUGUGAGCGGGCCGAGCACGCCUGUGCCUCCGACCCGUGCGCCAACGGGGGCUCUUGUCACGAGGUGCCCUCUGGCUUCGAAUGCCACUGCCCAUCAGGCUGGAGCGGGCCCACCUGUGCUCUCGACAUCGACGAGUGUGCCUCCAACCCCUGCGCGGCAGGGGGCACCUGCGUGGACCAGGUGGACGGCUUCGAGUGCAUCUGCCCCGAGCAGUGGGUGGGGGCCACCUGCCAGCUGGACAUCAAGGACUGUCGCGGGCAGUGUCAGCACGGUGGCAUCUGCAAAGACCUGGCGACCGGCUACCAGUGUGUGUGCCCACGGGGCUUCGGCGGCCGGCACUGUGAGCUGCAGCUGAACUCGUGUGCCAGCAACCCCUGCCAUGGUGGCCUCUGUGAGGACCUGGGGGACGGCUUCCGCUGCCGCUGCUCCAAGGGCACCUCGGGGCCGCUCUGCGAGGUAGACGUAGACUUCUGCCAGCCCAGCCCCUGCCGGAACGGAGCUCGCUGCUACAACCUGGAGGGCGACUAUUACUGCGCAUGCCCCGACGACGUGGGCGGCAAGAACUGCUCUGUGCCCAGGGAGUCGUGCCCGGGCGGGGCCUGCAGAGUGAUCGAUGGGUGCGGGUUUGAGUCGGAGUCCAGAGUGGCGGGCAGGGCCCCUUCUGGUGUAUGUGGUCCCCACGGACACUGCGUCAGCCUGCCUGGGGGCAACUUCUCCUGCGUGUGCGACAGCGGCUUCACGGGCGCCUACUGCCAUGAGAACAUCGACGAUUGCCUGGGGCAGCCGUGCCGCAAUGGGGGCACGUGCAUCGAUGAGGUGGACGCAUUCCGCUGCUUCUGCCCCAGCGGCUGGGAGGGCGAGCUCUGUGACACUAAUCCCAACGACUGCCUUCCCGAUCCCUGCCACAGCCGCGGCCGCUGCUACGACCUGGUCAACGACUUCUAUUGCGCCUGUGACGACGGCUGGAAGGGCAAGACCUGCCACUCGCGCGAGUUCCAGUGUGAUGCCUACACCUGUAGCAACGGUGGCACGUGCUAUGACAGCGGGGACACCUUCCGCUGUGCCUGCCCCCCGGGCUGGAAGGGCAGCACCUGCAACAUAGCCGAGAACAGCAGCUGCCUGCCCAACCCCUGCGUGAACGGGGGCACCUGCGUGGGCAGCGGGGACUCCUUCUCCUGCAUCUGCCGGGACGGCUGGGAGGGCCGCACCUGCACGCACAAUACCAACGACUGCAAUCCCCUGCCUUGCUACAACGGUGGUGUCUGCGUUGACGGGGUCAACUGGUUCCGCUGCGAGUGUGCCCCUGGCUUCGCGGGUCCCGACUGCCGCAUCAAUAUCGACGAGUGCCAGUCCUCGCCUUGUGCCUACGGGGCCACGUGCGUGGAUGAGAUCAACGGCUAUCGAUGCAGCUGCCCGCCAGGCCGGGCCGGCCCACGGUGCCAGGAGGUGAUUGUCUUUGGGAGGUCCUGCUGGUCACAGGGCGUACCCUUCCCGCACGGGGGCUCCUGGGUGGAGGAUUGUAACAGCUGCCGCUGCGUGGACGGUCGCCGGGACUGCAGCAAGGUGUGGUGCGGGCGGAAGCCUUGCCUGCUGGCCGGCCGGCCCGACACCCUAAGCGACCAGUGCCCGCCGGGGCAGCGGUGCCAGGAGAAGGCCCCUGGCCAGUGCCUGCAGCCACCCUGCGCGGCGUGGGGCGAGUGUGGCGCCGACGAGCCCCUGCUGCCCAGCACCCUGUGCUUGCCGCGCUCCAGCCACUUGGACAACAACUGUGCACGCCUCACUUUGCACUUCAACCGAGACCAAGUGCCCCAGGGCACCACCGUGGGCGCCAUCUGCUCCGGGAUCCGCGCCCUGCCCGCCACAAGGGCGGCGGCCCGUGACCGCCUGCUGGUGCUGCUCUGUGACCGGCCGUCUUCUGGGGCCAGCGCCGUCGAGGUGGCUGUGUCCUUCAGCCCCGCGAGGGACCUGCCCGACAGCGGCCUGAUCCAGAGCGCGGCGCACGCCAUCGUAGCCGCCAUCACCCAGCGGGGCAACAGCUCGCUGCUGUUGGCGAUCACCGAGGUCAAAGUGGAGACGGUGGUCGUGGGCGGCUCUUCCGUGGGUCUGCUGGUGCCGGUGCUGUGCGGCGUGUUCAGCGUGCUGUGUCUGGCGUGUGUGGUCGUUUGCGUGUGGUGGACCCGGAAGCGCAGGAAAGAGCGGGAGAGGAGCCGGCUGCCGCGGGAGGAGAGCGCCAACAACCAGUGGGCCCCUCUCAACCCCAUCCGCAACCCCAUCGAGCGGCCGGGCGUCGGCGGCCACAAAGACGCGCUGUACCCGUGCAAGAACUUCACGCCGCCGCCGCGCCGCGUGGGCGAGCUGCUGCCCGGGCCCGCGGGCUGCAGGGCAGGCGGGGGGGAGGACGACGACGACGAGGAGCCCGGCCGUGCCGAGGGACUGCCUGGAGGCCGAGAAGUUCCUCUCCCGCAAAUUCACCAAAGACCCCAGCUGCUCCCCGGGAGGCCGGCCCGCUGGGCCUCGGGCCCCAAAGUGGACAACCGCGCGGUCAGGAGCGCCAGUGACUCGCGCCACGCCGGCCCGGAGUAGCGCGGAGGCCGGCCCUCGGGGCCGCGACCGGGACCCUUCACCGGGAGCCACACCACCCGCCAGAUGGAAGGAGGCCCAGGCCGUGUGCAUAGUUUCUUUAUUUUGUGUAAAAAAACACCAAAAACCAAAAACAAAUGUUUAUUUUCUACGUUUCUUUAACCUUGUAUAAAUUAUUCGAUGACCGUCAGGCGGAGAACAAUGGAGUAUUCUCGGAUAGUUGCUAUUUUUGUAACGUUUCUGUGUGUCGCACUCGCUGCGUGGCAGGAGAGAGCAAAGGGUGUCUGUGUCCUCACCAAAUCGUCUGUUCGUUAGCAGAGGUGGUGCACUGUUUACAGAAUCUUCCUUAUUAUUCCUCAUUUGGCGUCCUCGGUGGCUCCAGGCCAAAGAGCCAGUGGGACCUGUGGCUGUUGAUGUGGCCCGUGGCGUUGGUGGGACAACCCACGGCUGUUGGCGUGCCUCAUGGCAUCGGCGGGACCCGCGGUGACACAACGGCCCGUGGCCGUCGGUGGGACCACCCGUGGCUCUUGGCGUGGCUCGUAGUUGUUGAUAUGGCCUGAGGCUGUCCGUGGGACCCGUGGCUGUCGGUGGGACCCCCUGUGGCUGACAGCGCAGCCCGUGGUUGUCGGUGUGGCCUGAGGCUGUCGGUGGGACCCAUGAUGUGCGGCGUGGCCCGUGGCUGUCGGUGGCGCUUGAGGUCAGCAGAGGCCUGCGUUCGGCAGGGCCGGGCCCCCCGGGGGCAGACCCCGGUUGGCUCCCUGGCCGGCCCCUCCCGCCCGCCGACCUCGCCUCCUCCUGCCUGGAGCGCUCGCUGUAGAGAUCUCUCAACUGUGUUUUCGGAAGUGCCCUUCCCGACUGCUCUGUUGUCCCUGGGACGGGGGCAGCGUCGAAGCUCACGACAAGUGCCUUCACACAGACUCUCCCCUCGCAACGGUCCGCGUCUGCCGUGGACUCCAGGCUGCUGCCCACCUGCCGGCCCCGGCCCCCCUCCUCGUGAAAGUGCAUUUUUGUAAAUAUGUACAUAUUAAAUGAAUCACUCUGUAUAUUUGAUUUAAUAACUUAAACGUUUUG